AUGCUGGGGCUUGCAGCCUAUGAAAGCAGUAGCGAAGAUGACGCUGGGCCCAAUCCAGUUUCUCUCCAAACCAAGCAAGGUAAAAAAGAACAUGCCACUCGGGCCUUACAGGUACCAGCGAAUCCAGCAGCCUCUAGGAAAGAUAUAGGAUCAGAGCAUGACUCCAUGCAGCUCUCUGACAGACCUUUAUUUGGCCCAUUACAUGAGAAUCCUCAUCAUGAACAAGAAGACUCGCCAAAUGAUGAUGAGGCUCUGUCAGCAUCCCGUACAAUAAUCCAUGACUUGACCCUCCCUCCAGUCCCGAACUUAGAUAUACCCCCAUCACCUCCCGGCUCGCCUGACCCCUCUGCAGAUGCGAAAUUUGCCCAUUUCUUGUCCUUGAAGAAGCAAGGUGUCCAUUUCAACGAGAAGCUCUCGGGCUCCGUGUCUUUGAAAAAUCCGGGUUUGUUGAAGGCGAUGAUGACUCAUGCAGGGAUUGACGAUGGCACACAAUAUUAUACUUCCCUACCACCAGCAAUAUGGGAUGCACCGACCUUACCAAGCUGGGGAUUUACGGAAAAGCUGCGCCAGACACAAUGCGAGUUUCAAAGAACGGUGGAGGGAAGAAUGUUAGCAGGGCAACGAGAAAGGAUCCCAUUUGUGGCUGCGUCUUCUUCCGCCUCAUAGCGCAGGUCACAUCCCCCCUAUUCAAACAAGGACAGAACUUGUAGCGUUUCCACCGCUGUAAUCCUGCAGCGUGGUCAGAGAAUGAGAAGAUUUGAGAAUACGGUUUACUUGAGUUCUCACCAGCCUUUUCUAAUGAUUGACUCUGUGAAAAAGAGUCUCUUUGUACUCUCAAUUUCCAGGAGACUGAAAUGAGAUCUCGAG